AUGCCGGCGACCACUCUUUUAUUUUUGUUUGUUUCCGCUGCAAGUAUCACACCGGCGGAGGGCAAGUGCGAGGUCUCCGCCAAGAGUGGGCGCCUGGAGUGGGGGGCAGCCGAGAUGGUCGUGCUCAGCGCGGCGAUCGUCACAACGGGCAAGACGCUGCUUGCCCGGCAGUUCGUGGAGAUGACCCGGCUGCGCAUCGAAGGCCUGAUAUCCGCCUUCCAGAAGCUCGUAGACACCGGCAAGGACCAUACCUUCAUCGAGACAGAGACCGUGCGGUAUGUCUAUCAGCCGAUCGAGGCGAUGCAGCUCGUCCUUGUCACAAACAAGUCGAGCAACAUCCUCGAGGAGACAUUGAGACGCUGCGGCUGA